AAGAAAAACGCAGCCAAAACAAGGGGACCGGAAGCGUCGUUGUUUUGCCGCGAAUGCGUUUUGCUCGGCUGAGGAUUUUGGAGGCCAGCACACCAUGUUUGACCCCGAGGAGAAUGCUAUGAUUGACUUUCCAGACUAUGAACAGAUAGUGGAUGAGACCUUCCCUCCUCUCCCCCCACCGCACUCCCCAGGGCAAGCAGGGGCAGCAGCAGGAGAAGAGGGGGAUUCUUUUGCAAACGGGGAGGACGAGGGUGAGGUGUCCAAACUGCCAGAUGUUCCUUCUGCUAAAAGGAGAGGAGUUAAGAGACCACAGCCCAAACUGGACUCUCAGAGGCUCACCUCAGAAAGAGGUCUUCCAGCCCUGAGAAGUCUGUUUGAUGACGUUCAUUUCAAAGGCAAAGGCCAUGAGGCAGAGAACCUGCGGCUCCUGAUGCAGAGGUUGGAGAACUGGGCCCACAGACUUUACCCCAAACUGCAGUUUGAGGAAUUCAUUGAGAAGGUGGAGAAACUGGGCUCCAAGAAAGACGUGCAGACCUGUCUGAAGAGAAUUCGCCUGGACAUGCCGCUGACAUUUGACGACUUCGUCGGUAAAGACGGUGCGGAGGAGACUGAAAACCAGCAGGUUUUCGGGGACGUGCCGGAGGUUGAAGCCCCGGUUUUCCCGGAUGACCCCACAGGACCGCUCCACUCCACCCCCGCCCCGCACCUGCCUACUUCGCCACCUCCGACCCUGACCGAGGAGCAGCUGAGACGCAUGGAGCUCAACAAAAAGCUGGCGAUGGAGAGGAGGCUGGCCCGCACGCAGCAGGAUGGAGUACUAUCGGACUCUCAACCCUUCUCUUCACCCGAGCCGAGGACCUCUCCCUCCCUCCCCCGGCCCCAAGAGGAGGAGGGAGGUUUGGACUUACACCAGGAGAAUCAUGACGAGGAAGAGCAGAGCCAUCAGGAUCCACAGACGGGAUCCCCCCAGCAGGAGGAAGACGAGACCCACGACAGAGACGAAGAUUAACACGUUCUGCAGACAGGCCCAUCAGCUGUUUUCUCAAAGCCUUAACGUAAUGGCGUUUCAUCACAUGAGCUGCUUCAGCCAAGCCAGCCUCUGGUUCGUGUUUCAAAUCAGUCAACAACAAUCAUUAGGUUGUUGAUGUGUACCGUGAUGCGAUGAAAGUUGAGUUGUCUUUUUCAACACAAACUCCCUCUGUGCUUGUGGAAACAAGGUGAGGUCAUGUGAUCAAUCAGGACCAGCCUGACUCGUGAGAAUUUUACCGUAGGACUACUGGAACAUGAAGUGGUUUCAUCAACCGAUAGAAAGUCAUCGGCUGAUUUUUUUUUUUUUUCCCCCGACACAAAAGCUGAAUUAUCUGAAAGAUGUCAGAUGGGUGAUAGGAGUUUGUCAGCGAUCACCUGUCGUGCUCCCCCACGUUCUGAAAAGAGAUAAACUCUUCCUGUGUCUGUAACGUCAGCCUGUGGCUUUAACUGAGAGGUG